GACAGGUGGCGGGUGUGGUGAGAGACAGAAACAGAGAGGCGACAGAGAGGUACUAAAGAGAGGGAGAGAGGGAGGAAUAGAGGAUUGGCCCUAACAAACCAGUGUUGUUGCUGACCAUCUUUUAUCAUAACAGCAAAUCUGACCUUCAACACUAAGACAACCAUUUGGAUCCUCUGACCUUCGGUGACCUACGGUGAUUUAGCCGUGUGUGUAUGUAUGUGUGUGUGGAUUGGGAUGACACUGACAGCUCUCGCUUCUCUGAGAACCAACAUUAACUAGUUGCUAAGCUCGAAGGAACUGAGAGAGAUGGCGGAGGUCCCCAAGAUUGAACUUUUCAUCAAGGCCAGUGAUGAUGGGGAGAGCGUGGGGAACUGUCCCUUCUGUCAGCGACUCUUUAUGAUCCUCUGGCUGAAGGGGGCCAACUUCACCCUCACCACAGUGGACAUGAAGAGGGCUCCAGAGGUGCUGAAGGACCUGGCCCCGGGUUCUCAGCCCCCGUUCCUCAUCUUCGGGGAGGAGGUGCGCACUGAUACCAACAAGAUCGAGGAGUUUCUAGAGGAGGCCCUGGCUCCUCCACAGUACCCCAAGCUCUGCUGUCGCUACAAGGAGUCCAACGGUGCUGGAGAUGACAUCUUCCACAAGUUCUCUGCAUACAUCAAGAACCCUAACCCUGGCCUCAAUGAUAUGCUGGAGAAGAAGUUUCUGAGGAGCCUGAUGAAGUUGGAUCAGUACCUGCUGACGCCACUCCCACAUGAGCUGGACCAGAACCCAGACGCCCGCCAGUACUCACGGCACUAUCUGGAUGGGAACUCCCUCAGUCUAGCUGACUGCAACCUGCUUCCCAAGCUCAACAUAGUCAAGGUGGUGUGUAGGAAGUACCGUGACUUUGAGAUCCCUGUGGCUCUGACUGGUCUGACCCGCUACCUCACCAAGGCCAACCAGCAGGACGAGUUCCGAUAUACCUGUCCCAAGGACUCCGAGAUCCUACUGGCCUACCAAUCAGUGGCCAAAUACCUCAACAAGUAGAUCAGCAGAGAAGGAGGGGGAAAGAGGGGUGCAAGGAGAGAGAAUAUAGAGAGGGGUGGGGGCGGGAGGGCAGACAGGGUAAAAGAGGAGCUGAAAAAUAUAUGUUUAGAAAAGAGAAGAAAUAUAAAAAAUAUAAAAAAAGGGAAAAGAGGGCUAUGAAGAGAUGAGGACCAGAACAAUACGCCUGCUGCCCGUGCUGCAGAACGAUGCUUGUCUGCCUUCUUUCAAUGACAUAUUGAUGUAUAACGCUGUGUGUGCAGGGUGAAAGUCUACUUAUACUGUACAUGUACUAUUACAAUGUGUAUUAUAUCAAUAAUAUAUGCCUUUUCGCCGAAGCUUUUAUCCAAAGUGACUUACAGUCUUGCGUGCAUCAUUUAUUUUUAUAUGGGUGGUCCCAGGACUCCCUAUGGUGCUGCAAGCACCAUGCUCUACCAACUGAGCUAGGGAGGACCAUGUGUGUACAAUACUGCCUGUUUCGUUUUUGUAGAUAUUUGCAUUCUCUGAGUUAUGGUCAACAGUUCAAAUGUUAUGUUUAAUAACCUUUCAAUGUAUUUUAUGCUCGCAUUCAAAAACCUAGCAAUGUGCAUACUUUGUCUGGCAAUUGUAAUGAUCUGGAUUUUCUACCUGUGAGAGACAAGGAGACGGCACAGAUGUCACAUGCCACGUCAACAAAGAUAAAUGUGGUACAGUUCUGUGCGGGUUGAUAGGUUUUGCAUUUAUUGGAAUGCUCUACGUUGAAAUGACUGUCACAUCUCAUAGGCCCAGAGCAAUAUUAAGUCUUGAGUAGGCAUCAUUUUAAUUGGUUUAUUUAAAAGUGUUUGGAUUGCCAGAGGGAAACAGUACAAAUCUAAUAAAGUUCACGAAACUG